UAAAUUGCAUUUCAAUUUUUAAUCAAUAUGGUUUUUAAUAAUUAAAUUCAAUAAAAUCGUCCAAUCAAAAUAGAGAAAAAAUUGUGGUAUUUUUCACUUAUAUUAUGCAGAUUGUCAUCUUAUUUUACCACCAUUUUAAACAACAUUUUGAAUUAUUCACCCCUUGGCUUGAAACUUUUCUCGUCUCAUUAUUUUUAUUGUUAUCGAAACCAAAUAAUUUGAUUUUUUUAUGGCUUACCGGAUAUAAUAGAACGUCAUCAAUUGACACACGCCUAUUAUAUAGUGCUCGAAUUCCUGAAGAUGUUAUGAUGCUUAAAGAACAUUGAUUGCAGAUAUCAAAUUACACCAAAUAAAUCGCAGUUUGUGGCGCAGUUGACUCUUUGCUAAUCGGAUAAUCUUUUUUAUUAGUCUUGACCUGACCUGUUGAAGAUAAUUCAUUUCAAUCAAUUCGACCCAGUUAGCCAAUCCGACCUCAUUUCCAGGCAGUUUAGUUUUCGUAUCCAGCCAAUUUUGUAUUUACAGUUUUUGGCUAUUAUUAACAACAAUAAACAACAAACGAAAUUAGAGUAGAUCUCGCAGUUCUCAAGAGUCUUUUCUUGGUUUAAUACUGAAGAUGGUUACUUAAUUUAUGCUAACCGUAUCUAUUUAAAACCAGUCAAUUUAAAUCAGUCUAUUUUGCCGUAACAUUAUAUUGGUUUCGCUGGAUCAUUUGGGUCGCUUCCUGAGGUUAAAAGCCCCCCUAAGCGAAACCUCCCAGACGGUCCUAUUUAAACGCUAUCUUCCUCCUUUGUCAAAUUCUGUUCAAACUCGUUCAAAUUCUGUUCAAUUUCUGUUCAAGCAAUUCACACUUCGGAAGGGAAAAGCUACGUAGAUAAAAGAUUACAGGGUCGAUUAAGAAAAAAGUGAAGUUCUCUUUUGAAGUUGGCUCUCAGUCCUAUCGCAAAUUUUUAACCCCUUUAUUCAACUAAAAUUUCCCAAUUUCGGAUCUAAAAAAAGGUCUCAAAGUAUCCAAAAUAUGGUCCCAAAAUGAACCCAUAUGUGAUAUAUGGCCGUUAAAUUUUAUUCAAUGUAUCAAUAAUGACCCAAAACAUAUAAACUUCAAAAAUCUUCUGUUAUUUAUGGUAUAAUUGCUCAACUCAGCUUCCUUUUUAUACGAUUUUUCAUUAGACAAAUUUCCACGAUGAUCAUUUCACUCCGUUAAAUUCGUUUCAUCAGUCUGUGGAAAAACCAAUUCACGAGGUCAAAAAACUGCUGUUUAAAAUUGGUUUGGAAAUCGCGGAAAAAAGCAUAUCAAUCUGAUUUGUUGUUAUUAAGUUAUCGCCUACAAGUAAAAGCUGACCGACUUUUUAUUCUUACUUUGAGAACAAAGCAACUCGAUUGCCAGAAUGAGAUUAGGAGGAAGCAAUGUCAAUUUUGGCACUAGCGGGAACAGAUUUCAACAAGGAGGGGGUGCGGAUUACGGCAGUGGGGGUUUGCACAGCAACACUUACCUUGGGGGAGAUGCAGUGUCUCGACUGUUGCUGGCCAACUACACCUUUCGGUCACGCCCUGUCGUGAACACUUCCAACCCAAUUGUGGUCGAGGUCAUGCUCACUGUAAUUCAACUCAUCACCCUCUACUGGACCGAUGAGUUUCUGGUUUGGGAGCCGGAAGACCUCAACGACAUCCAGUGGAUGACCUUCAGAUCCAGCGAGAUAUGGGUGCCAGACAUCGCCAUCGACAACAGUAUCAAGUACGAGCGGGAGGACAUGGACAUCAAAGUGGAGAGUGGGGGGAGGGUGUGGUGGUCGAUGCCAGCUGUCAUCCGCACCUCCUGCAACAUCGACACAAAAAAGUUCCCCUUUGACACCCAAACAUGCAAGAUCACUCUGGGAUCCUGGUAUCACUCCCCUUCUGAACUGGACCUGGUAGUGUACCACAACCACAGCCAGAUGAAGACUCAAUACUUCAUGCACAAUGCCCAGUGGGACAUAGUGUCCACUAAGAUUGAGACACUGAACGAGUACCACGCAGACUACGACAUGACAUUCCGCACCAUAGAUUUUACUCUCUCCUUCAAACGGAAGAGUCUCUAUUUCCUUCUCAUCCUAAUAGUGCCAUUCGUGAUGAUCUCGGCCGUGUCUCUGUCCAACUUCGUGCUGCCGUGCGAGAGUGGGGAGAAGAUCUCCCUCGGGAUAACAGUCCUCCUCUCUCUCUUCGUCAACCUGCUCAACCUCGUCGAUCUCCUCCCAGAGUCCUCCGACAGCUUCCCCAUUCUAGGUAGUUACUAUUUGAUAUCGAUGGGGCUUGUGGCAAGUUCAGUAGUGAUGACAGUGAUAGUUCUAAAUAUACAUCACCAGCCUAUCAAAUCUCGCAGAUUGGUCCAUCUACUCAGAGACGCAGCCCCCUUCCUGUUCCUAGCCAGACUGCUUUGUGUGGGAAGACCAGUUAAAACUCCAAAAAAGUUCUCAAAAAUAAACUCACUUGCGUACCAAAUGAAGCCAUCGUUAAAUGGAUUGGCCGCAAAAGAAAGGCAGCCAAUUUCUCAAUUGGCAGAUACUUAUUUUUCCAACAGAAUGAACCACAAUCAUAGUUCCGCUAAAAACCCGCCACAAUUGAAUCUUGUCCAAAACAAGGGUAGCUUAUCCGACUUAUCCCAAAGCUGCACAGACGAUUGUGGCUAUCCUAGUUUAAAUUCUCAUUUCAACGGUGAUGUCAAGUCUUUUCCAAAACAAAAUAACAAAAGUGUUCACAUGGGCGAGAUCCGGAAUCGAACCGGUAACCCUCGAAUUUUGGUGUCAGACGAAGAAGAGGCAGUUUCGGAGCACGAAUUGGAGCUGAUAAAGUGUCUGCAAUUGUUGCAGGAUAUUAAAGACAGACUAACGAGAGAACAGAGCAAAGAUUUGGAAAAGGAGUAUCAGAAAUAUAUUAAAGAAGAGUGGAGAUAUUUGGCUAGAGUAGUCGACAGGCUGUUGGGUCUCUGCUACGUACUCACUUUCAUAGCGCUAAUCAUAGCUUUCUCCUAGCAAUAACUGCCCAUUUAGAAACAAUUUACUACUAGCAGAACAUUUUUUCUCCUCAAUUGAUUUUUUUUAUUAUUAUUAUGUAGA